AUGCAGCCAGCCAGCGAGCACGAGAUUCAGCAGCUAAAAGCCCGAGUGAAGACUCUGGAAGACGAAGUCAACAACCUACACGAGAUGAUGAGACAACUGAUGCUCCAAGCCCUCCCUGACGCCGUCUCACCCACAUCGACCCUGCGUGGCGACGCCAUCUCAUCCACACCGACCCUGCGUGGCGACGCCGCAGCGCGACAUGACAGCAGCUCUCCCAUCCGAGAUGCACGAGCCAAGCAAGAAUCAGCGGUCGGGACUACUCGCGAGCCCACCACUUCUUCGACACAUCUGCAGAUGUUCACAAGCAAGGUGCUCAUCAACGCAGGGUUGAGCAGCAGCCCUCUCCGCGAAAAUCGAGAAGAGAUGGCUGAUGGGAUCAUUGGAGCGGAUGGAGUUGAUGGACGAAACGCGAGCACGGUCUCCCGUCCUGCUGGACAUCGUCGCCGCCAUCACGGAAGAGACGCUAAGGAGGAAAUGGACGGAUGA